AUGGCGAUCACGCGAGCCUUCCUUUACCUCCACCUGGCGGUCCUCCUCUCCAGUGCCUCCGUCCUGUACGCGUCCACUAGCGAGGACGCCUCCGUGGAGACGCGCUCGCUGGAUUUCACCUUGAAAAGUCAGCAAGAGAAAGACCUGAUUGAUGCUUUACAAGAAGUUCUGGAGAAGCUGAGGAACAAGGAGACGCCAUCUGAGAAAAAGCUCGGCUGGCUGCCCUCAUGUGACGCCGGAGAACCUUGUGCUCUACGUAAAGGUGCACGUAUCGGCACUCUAUGCGGCUGUCCACGGGGGACUUCCUGUAACUUUUACGUCCUGAAGUGCUUGUGA